AUGGAUUCAGCGAAUCUAAGAUGCCCUCGGUUUGGGUUAACCUCCUUGCCCACCGAGCUUAUACUCAAUACAGUCGAAGAUGAUGCCUUGCCUGAGGCAGACCUCAAGAAACUCUCAUUCACCUGCAGUGGGCUCUACCUCCUAACGCGCCCGUACGUCCUCAGAAAGAACGCCAAAGGCAGCGCCUCAGCCUUAAGAUGGGCCUGCGUUCAUGGUAAUGUGACAGUAAGCAAGAAGAUGCUUGACCUUGGCGCAUCUCUGAACUUGUGUUUUGACGCGAGAGCCAUUAAGCUGUCUCAACCCUCUAAAGCCUGUCCAGAAUCCGUGUUCGCGGAUACUCCGCUGAUCACAUCCAUUUACUACCAGCACAUCGAACUUGUUCAGUUGCUCCUCGACCACGGUGCUUGGGCGCAUGAAGGAUACCGCGUGUGGGACAAACGAGAGGCUCUGCGUUCAACCAUCAUUUUUUCGGCCAAUUCCGAAGACGUCUAUCAACUCACCCACUGGGCUGUUGCGGCAAACAGAUAUCAGAUCAUCAACAAGAAGGGUAGAGACCGUAUGGAUCUGAUCAUCCGCGUACUUCUGCGAUACGGGGCAAGAGUUACCGGGAGUUCUAUAGGACUUGCUCUUGCGAACCCGCACACGACGAGGACGACAGCCGCAACUAUCCUCGAACACUUGUCGAGCGAUGGCUCCGUUUCGAAGGCACUGUACGUCACGCCGUGGUCCUCAAUCACCCUAGAGCCCAACGCCGAGCCAGUUCUGAGAACUUUGUUGCGUGAGCUCCAGCGACAGCGAAGAGGCAUACACCUAGCGAGGAAAAAUGCACCACAUCAAGUGGACAAGCAACGACGGUCUAUCUACCGAGAUGAGGUCUUGGAUGCCACCGAUAAACGAAGCCCAGAGAGAAUAGCGCUCAAUGUUGCAUUCCGUAAUGGAAUGCUUGGACUUGAUCCAUAG